AUUGGAUCCUGGAGGGAGCCAGCGAGCAAGGGAGGGACGGAGGGAGGCUGGGCGAGAUCGCUGGGGGCGGAGGGGAGGCAAAAUAGUCCCGAGGCUUUGGCCUGCGCCUCCCUCGCCUGUCAAGCGCUUGAUUUCAUUGUUCCAGGCUGAUGUCACUCCCAGUUGUUACAGACGCUUCUUCGGGUAACAAUGUGGGACUAGGAGGCACAAAGGACCUUUCUGGAGAUACUCCAAAGGCAGCUGUGCACACUUCUAAGCAAAAUAUCAUGCUGAUCAUGCUUAUGGUGAGGCCCAGAAGCAUCUUGAAAAUAAAGAUGCUCUGAAGCAGAAGUAUCAAGGGAUGUUGCAUAAAAGCCAACCUCUUCUUACUAACAUUUGACUGAACCCUGAUUUGCCGACUUCAACACCUUCUAGGCCAGGGUGUUGAUUUUCCUUAGAAGCAAAUCCAUGCAUUCCUACAGCGUGGCAUCACCAGAUAGGAUGAGUGGCUCAGAUAACGGAUUGGAUGAAACGGAACUCAGCAUUACUCUCACUCUCCGGAUGCUUAUGCAUGGAAAGGAAGUUGGCAGUAUCAUAGGAAAGAAAGGAGAGACUGUGAAGAAGAUACGAGAACAGAGUACUGCCCGGAUUACCAUCUCAGAAGGGUCCUGCCCUGAGAGGAUCACUACCAUUACAGGUUCCACGGAUGCUGUUUUCAGAGCUGUUUCCAUGAUUGCCUUCAAGCUGGAGGAGGAUUUGGGAAAUGGAGCAACCAACGGAGGCACCAUCUCCAAACCACCCGUAACACUGAGGCUGGUCAUCCCAGCUAGCCAGUGUGGCUCACUCAUUGGCAAAGCUGGAACCAAAAUAAAGGAAAUCCGAGAGACAACAGGUGCUCAGGUCCAGGUGGCUGGAGACCUUCUGCCCAAUUCCACUGAAAGGGCUGUAACCGUCUCUGGGGUACCAGAUGCCAUCAUCCAGUGUGUGCGACAGAUCUGUGCAGUUAUACUGGAG